AUGGAGCAUCCGGGUCAAAUUCCCUCCACAUGGUCGUGGAAGGCUACAGUUGACAAUUUCACUCAUGGGAUCCACACUUUGACGGUCAACAAUGCCUCCACGGCAACGAAAUCAAGAUUCACAAACUCUAUCGGUCAUUUGAUGUUUCGUGUUGGAUUUACAGACAACCCAAUGAUUUUCCCGAUGCUCGCGAACCAUACAGAGACCGGGCUCACAGAGCUAACAGAUGCGGAUGGCUUUCUCGUGGAGCACACAGCUGCCGGUGCAGAUCAAUGGCGUUUCAGUACUAAUUGGGGGAGCUCUUGGAGCGACUGGGAGGUCUAUAAAGGAACUCCGAGCCGGAUCAGCAAUCUGCCAUGGUCCGGAACGAAGCGACAGCAAUGGGAAGGAAGCCAUGUCAUUUUGCAGUACUGGAGCAAGAUGGCAGGAAGUAGCCAGCAUGUUCAACAUAUGGAUUUGCGGGGAGCAAAAAAGUCCCCGAGACGAUUCCCUCAUCUGUUUGCAAUUGGGGAUUUCAAUAAAUACGGGCAGGAUAUCGGACUGAAAAACACGUUCUCGCUGGAUGACAAGAUAAAAGCUUGGAAAUUCCACUUGUCAGCCGAAUGGCCGUCCAAAUUCCAGGUGAAUGUUUGGGGAAUUAAUCCUGACAAAAAGCUCGAUCAAACCUUUUUGCUUGGAAAUACCCUGAACAGCAGUCGGUUAAAUCGCCUUCAGCCGGACUCGCUUUCCGUUGGUGACAAUGUCAUUGAUUUCUCCGAAUUUCCGCCCGCACCAUUCAUGGCCUACCAAAUGGAAUUGAACGAUGGAAAAAUGCGAUUUGAGCUUGUUCCAGUUGGACAACGGCUGCACCAACAGAUCAUGUAUCUCUUGCUCUGGAUCCUUCCGGUAGUGACUGGUGCACUCAGUAUUUGGAUAUAUAUGGGCGCUUUCUACCACGUCACUUUCAACCGCACGGGCGUCGGUAAAGGUCUUCAACUUGGCUCUUUGCCGGCUUUCCUCCGCCUGAAUAAAGGCUUCGAUAAGCUUGGCAGCGAAGAGAAUCAAGGACCGACAAUGACAGACGUAGGAAAAACAAAUCCUUUCGGUGUUCUCCCUUUGGCCGCAAUUUCAAUUCCGAAACCUAAGCGAACCGUCUUGUUGGCCACUUUGGAAUAUGACAUUGAAGACUGGAGCAUCAAAAUCAAGAUUGGCGGGCUUGGAGUGAUGGCACAAUUGAUGGGGAAGAACCUCCCCCAUCAUGACAUUGUAUGGGUGGUACCCUGCGUUGGUGGAGUUGACUAUCCAAUUGAUACACCGGUCGAUCCCAUGUCCAUCGCCAUUGGCGGGACUGUCUAUGAAGUUCAGGUUCAAUACCACAAGCUACGCAACAUUACAUACGUGCUUCUUGACGCCCCUAUCUUCUGCCAGCAGACCAAAUCAGAGCCAUAUCCACCUCGAAUGGAUGAUCUCCGAAGUGCAAUUUACUACAGUGCAUGGAAUAACUGCAUUGCCGAAACGACCAAGCGCUUUCCGAUCGAAAUUUAUCAUAUUAACGACUAUCACGGCGCAUUAGCACCUCUCUAUCUUCUUCCGCGCACCAUCCCCUGCUGCCUAUCACUUCACAAUGCCGAAUUUCAAGGACUUUGGCCGCUGCGUGAUCAGAAAGAGCUUGAUGAAAUUAGUGAGGUGUUCAACCUGAAGAUCCAGGUCAUCCGCAAGUACGUGCAGUUUGGCGAAGUGUUCAACCUUCUUCGUGCUGGAGCAAGUUAUCUUCGAGUCCACCAGCGGGGCUUUGGGGCGGUUGGUGUGUCUAACAAAUAUGGCGAUCGCUCUUACGCACGAUAUCCGAUCUUCUGGGGCCUCAAAGGGAUCGGCAAACUUCCCAACGCAGAUCCUUCUGAUACCGAGCCCUGGGAUCCCGAGGCAGAAUCUCGCCAGGUCAUUCAAGUUGAUCCGGAGUAUGAGAACUCUCGAGGAAAUGACCGUUGCCAAGCGCAAAAGUGGGCAGGGCUGAAGGUAGACCCGACUGCUGAACUGUUCGUGUUUGUCAUGAUACUGGGAAAACAUUCCAAUGUGCAGCUGAUCUGCGUCGGUCCAGUCAUCGAUAUGUAUGGGAAAUUUGCCGCCCUCAAAUUACAGGAAAUGAUGACGCUCUACCCCGGACGGGUAUUUUCGAAACCCGAAUUCACUGCUUUGCCGCCUUUCAUCUUCACGGGCGCUGAGUUUGCGCUUAUCCCAUCGCGCGAUGAGCCCUUUGGUCUUGUGGCGGUUGAAUUCGGGAGGAAAGGAGCUCUCGGAGUCGGGGCUUUGGUUGGUGGACUUGGCCAGAUGCCAGGCUGGUGGUUCCCCGUCGAAUCCAUGACCGUGAAACAUCUCCAAAAGCAAUUCAAGGCAGCCAUUGAAAGCGCGAUCGGGUCGAAGCAAUCCAAUCGCGCAAUGAUGAGAGCAAACUCUGCCAAACAGCGCUUCCCAGUGGCUCGAUGGGUAGAGGACCUCGACUAUCUGCAAUUGCGAUCAAUUCGUAUGCAUGAAGAGCAAAACGAUCCCUCUCGGCGGAAGCCUCUCAUAAUCCAAACCCCGAGUCUCAACAUCGAUGAAAUGAAUCCUAGCCCAAGGUCUUCGGGCUUCGAGCUUCCCGCUGGGACUCCCAUUCGGAGUCUCUCUUUGGGGGUCCGUUCCGGUCCUGGGCAUCAACCAAAAACAACUGUUUUGCAUGAGGGCACCGCGCUCACACCGAGAUUGGAGGAGAUUGCAGAUCCAGAUGAGCAGGCCAUGUCGACGGAAGAGGCAGAGGCCAUUCUCAGUCGAGGGGCUUCAGACAAUGCGGAGCAGAAUCGACGAGGUCGCUCUAUGUCAGGUGUUUCAUCAAGUUCCGCGGGCAUGGCAGGUCUAGGGAUCAACCGGGCCUACUCACUAGCACAAAGGGGCCGACUGAGGUCGACUUCAGUCUUGAGUUUGGAUCAGAUUAGAGCCACACGCGAGAGCUUUUCGUUGGAGAAUGCAGAUCCCACUUUCAAGGAUGAGACUGGGAAAUACUCACGCUAUUUCCAGGAUGAUGACGAAGGCAAUGAAUUCAACUGGGAAGACGCUUCAGCACAGGAGAUGUUGCUGCCUGUGAGUAUCCAGCGGCCUCCUGCAAUCCAACGCUGGCUGUCAACCCGGAUCGUGGACUGGCCAAUCUACUCAAUACUUCUGGCUUUGGGUCAGAUAAUGGCUGUUAAUCCCUCUCAGAUAACACUUUUCACUGGAUCAGAAAGCAGUCCCGCGGCACUUUACAUUUUAGGAAGUUUGUACACCAUCACCAGCUGCGGUUGGUUGUUGGCAUUCCGACGCAUCCCGUCACUCUACAUCCUCUCACUUCCUUUUGUCCUUUACAGUCUUGCAUUCUUCAUUAUCGGCGUUGCCAGUUUCAGUCCCGACGCUUCAGGUCAAACCUGGGUAUAUCAUAUCGCCGCUGCAUUUUAUAUCAUGGGCUCUUCAAGUGGCUACCUGUUCUUCUCUCUGAACUUUGGAGAUGAUGGGGGAUCCAAGAUCGAAUCCUGGAUCUAUCGCGCAUGCCUCAUCCAGGGCACACAGAAUAUAUACGUCGCUGCACUCUUCUUCUGGGGCUCUGAGUUGGCAUCAACAAGCCGCCGUGGAACGUUUGCAUCGCCAGGCGUUGCCGCAGGCAUAACGAUACCCAUCGCCGCUUUACUGUUGACUAUCGCAGCAGCGCUCUACACCGGUCUGCCAAAAUACUACCGCCAAACCCCCGGCAAGAUUCCGGCUUUCUACAAAAGCAUUUUUCGCCGAAGGAUAAUCAUCUGGUUUUCAAUAUCAGUGGUGCUGCAAAAUUACUUCCUCAGCAUGCCCUACCAGCGCAACUGGGCGUAUCUCUGGGGCUCCAAGUACGCGCCUGGUUGGAUGGUGUUGCUACUUGCUUUGACCUUUUUCAUCGGCGUCUGGUACGUGCUUCUCGCACUGCUGGCUUGGAGAUCGAAGACUCAUUCUUGGAUCGUGCCAAUUUUCGCCGUCGGUCUUGGUGCUCCACGAUGGGCACAGAUGCUCUGGGGUACGUCCGGUAUUGGGCUGUGGGUGCCAUGGAUUGUGGGUGGUCCCCGGGGCAGUGCCCUGGGUGGUCGAAUCCUCUGGCUCUGGCUAGGCGUUUUGGAUUCCAUUCAAGGAGUUGGAAUUGGCAUGAUGCUGCUACAAACACUUACACGGAUUCACAUUGCGGCAACGCUGUGUGGGGCUCAGUUGAUUGGCACGGUGACGACUUUGGUCGCUAGUGCCAGUGCACCCGAUCGUGAGGGUCCAGGGAAUGUAUUCCCUGAUUUUUCGGCGGGUAUCAUCUUCGGCCUCUCGAAGCCCUGGUUUUGGAUUGCGCUGAGCUGUCAAUUGGUAAUUCCGAUUGGAUUUUUCAUGUUCUUCCGCAAGGAGCAAUUGACUAAGCCUUGA